AUGGCGAACGCCUACAAGAACAGUUCAGCGUUACUUCCCCAGAGAGGUCGUCCAAACACCUCCGCCCUAGACCCCGGCGGCAAGGCGGACGACGAUUGCGGCUCAGACGACGGAGGCGAAGGAAAAGGAGAAGGAGGAAGAGGAGGAGGGCGGCGUCGCAGCAGCAACGGCAGCAGCAGCACAGGCGGUGGUAGAGGCGGGCUGGACUUUCUGGGGACAACGGAGUCCGUCAGGGAGCUCUUCCACCUACCGUUUACGAGCGAGGCUGUGUCCGUGGGCUUGCACAGGGUGGGUCAGACCCUGAUCCUUGACGGCAACCUUGACCAGGUGCUUGCCCCCGCGGCCGCAGCCGCCGCCGCCGCCGCCGCCACCGCCACCGCCGACAAGGCUCCGGUGUCGGCGCCGCCUGCGCCGCCGCCGGCAUCGUCUUCCUCCAACCCUGUUGGUGGCGGCAUCUGCAGCAGCAGCAGCAACGACAACAAUGACACGGUGGUGGGGGGUGGAGAAGAGGAAGGCCGUUGGGUGAUGGUGGGCAGAGGGGGCAAGCCGAGGCAACCGGAAGGGGACGGAGGGGAGCAGGGGUGGCGGCGAUACGACCACGAGGAGGGUGGCGGUCAUUCUGCUGGCGAUUCAACCGCGCCAUCGGGAGCCCCCGAAGGCGAACGGCGGGUCAAUAGAGCAGGGGCUGCUGUAAGAAGAGGACAGAGAUCGUCAUUGCCGGCAGCAGCAGCAGUGCAAGCGAGGAAGAACGCCGGCAAGGGGUGGGAAUCAGGAUCGAGAGGACGGAGUCGAAGCGGCGGUGGUACCAGCACCGGCGCCGGGGGGCGCAGCAGAGAGGGCUUGACCCCGUCCUCGUCUUCCGCUGGACGCGAGUCGUCGACUACCGCUAGGGGCCAGGAGGAGGAGGAGUGGUCGGUCACAGACCAAGGGAACUGGCCGGCUCUGGGGGCGCCCGAUGCCGCCGCCACCGCCGCUAGCUCGAGCGGGGAAGACGCCGCGCUGGUCGUGCCCGGCGACCCCAGCAGCGGCCGUGGCGGCGGCGGGGGCAUCCUGUCCCUCGUGCCCAGCCGGCCGCGGGCACAGUCGUUCGGGGUGCGCCCGCCGGAGCCGGUUGGGUUCUGGCGCUCGUUCGAGUGGGAGCUGGCCGGGAUGCACCUGGUGCUGGGCAGCAGCUUGCCGGUGUGCAGCACCGCGGAGCACCCCCAGGUUUCGGUCCGGCUGCACGACGGCGACGAGGACCUGAGCCUGUGCACCUGCCUGGACUACUACCUGGACAACGUCAUGGAGAACGUACCGGAGCUGGCGCUCUGCAUGCGCGAGAAGGGCUACAUACAGGGGUGCCGAGUGGUGAGCACGGAAGACAUUCCCUAUCUCAGCUCAAUGUCGAGGAAACCGACGGCGGCGACGGCGACUGAAGGGGGGCCGCAGAAUGUAGGAGCCGGUGGCGGCGGCGUCGGAGUGGGUACCCCGGUGCCCAUGUUCGACCCAGAUGUGGUGGAGCUCAACGCCACCAUGCUGCUCCGAUUCCUGCAGGAAAACUGUUCGCGGGAGGGAGGGACGUACCUGUUGCAUCGGAGCGAGGGGGCGGCGCACGUCCAGGCAGCGGCAUCGACGGUGGAAGGGGGGGGGCGCACGGGAAACGACCCGGGUACGUCUUCGUCGUCUUCCGACUUCGAAGCCCGCGGCCCCCUUGAUGUGAGCCCGAGCGCCGGUCCGGAGGUGGUGCGGCUGUUGCAGCGGCGGCAGCGGCAGCUACUGGAGAACUCUCUUGAGCUACUGGAGGAACUUGCCGAGCUAGGCGGUGGGGGGCACGAGACCAUCUGCGCUUCGGUCCAGGAGCACAUCGCCGACACGUACCUGGGCACCCACGGAGCACUCCCAAGGCCUGGCUGCACCAGCACCAGCACCAGCACCAGCACCAGCACCUCACGCGGACAUUCUUCAUCGGGGGGGGGCACGGCUAGCACCCAAAAGGCUGGCGUUUGGACGGCAGACUCGGGAGGCGAGGUCUGGACCUCUCCGCCUCCCCUGCGCGCACCGGGGGCAGUCGCGGGUGGUAGUGGCGGCAAGACAGACGGGGCCGCGGCGGGGGCGGCGGCGACGGCGGCGCAGAGAAGGAGUAGACACGAGGGCCACGGUUCGCGCAAGAAUAGAGCGGUGAGAAAGAGCGGCGGCGCCGAGGGCAAGGCGGGAGGGGGUGCUCACCCCGGGAGUGUGCGGAUCGGCGGAGGCGGUGAUGGUGACGGUCGUGAUGAGGUUCUGGACGAAGAGAGGGGCCGUGCGGACAUGGACGAGACGGGCGAACGGGCGAGAGAGGAGAACCUGGAUAGAGCGCAGGACCAUCUCACGAGCGGCAUCGCCAUCCUCCAUGGGGUGAUGGCCAGGCAGGAAUCCGCGGCUGCGGGGCGGGACGACUCGGCCACCGCCGACGUGGUCAUCGUCGGGGAAAGAAAGCGGCCCGUGGCCAUCAUGCGGCAGCAGCGCAACCCGUGGGUUACGGUCGCCGACGAAGACGACGACACCGACUCCAGCAGCUGCGAGGAAGGGCAGGCCGAGGACGAAGACCCGCCGGGCAUGCAGGACGGGGGCCAAGGCAGCCGGCAGCAGCGGCAGCGGCUGGGGCAGGGGCCGCGCCGGCGCCGGCUCCGGCGCCGGCGUGGGUCGCUGGACGAGAGCGGGGACCCGGCGACGGCGCUUUCGGUCGUGUCGGAGCAGCUGUGGGGCCUCCAGCAGAAGCUCGUCGGCACGUACGUGGCCGUCGCCCGCGCCCGGCUACGGCGAGCUUUCCCGGACCCGCCCCUCGUUGCGGCCGGCAGCGAUGGUCCUACUUCUUCUUCUUCUUCGUCUUCGUCGUCGUCGCCUUCAUCCGGACGCAAGGGGACUGGCGGCGGCGGCGGCGGCGGCGGCGGCGGUGGUGACGGUGGCGGCGGCGGGCGAAGAACAAGCGGCGGCUCCCGAGCAAGCAAAGCUUCGCGGGAGGCAGCCGCCGCCGCUCCCGGUGCCAAGGGCAAAGAGGCCGCCGCCGCGCGGGGAAGCGGGGGGCAGCGGCAGCAGCAACGGGAAGAUGGGCCGGACGACGAGACUCGGGCGGAGCUCGUCCAGGGCGCCCUGGACUCGUUGUGCGCGGCGUGGGAGAACCUGGCGGAGGCGAAGGUUACGCUUGACCGGCGCUCCAGCGCAGCGGUCGUCGCCGUCGGCGACGGCGAUAACGACAGCCAGAACGACCAGGAGGACCGGCAUGGUGACGAUUAUGACGAGGGACAAGAGGCGGCGGCGGCAGCGGCGACCAAACGUGAUGGUCCGAGCGAGGGCGGCAGCGGUGGCGGAGGAGGGGGAGCGCAGGCCGCAGCUCGCCGACGGCGGCGGCGGCAGGACGACCGAGCGGAGCAGCUGGGGCCGCUGUGGAAGGGCUCCCUUAGCGAGGCCCUCGCGCGCGACUCCCGAGACGCAGCCGCCGUCGCCGACGGCGACGUGAUGGGACGCUUGGCUUGGACUCGCGCAGCUCGGCGGCAGCUCGAGGCGCGACGCGCGGAGCUCUUUGAGCUCUGCGGCGACGUCGCCCACGCCUGCGUCUCGCUUCGCGCGAAAGCGGUCGGGGUCGGGAUCGCGACGGCAGCAGCAGCAGCGGAAGGUCCAGCAGGACCGACUACGGGUGAGGGUGGGAGCACGGAGGCACAGCGGGGCCUGUCGGCCCGACUGCAGGAACUCUUGUCUUCCGCCAGCCCCCCCCUGGCGCUGGGAGACCUGAACGUCUGCGGAGGCCUGCACGGCCGAGUCUGGGAGGCCCUUUCUGCGGAAGACGGCGACGACCCUCGGCCGCUGGCCGAGACCUGCAUCCACUCCCUCGCCAGGGUGGGCCGCGCCCCUGGGGACCCGACGGCUUGGUCGCUCUGCCUGGCGGCAGAGGCCUGCUACGACCGAGCUCUCCUCGGCCUGGACAAGGUCGUUGCGGGCGUGCUAGAUAAUCGUCACCCGGAUGGCGGCAUCGGUGCGACCACCGCCGGUGCGGUGACCGCCGUCGCCGCCGGCGGUAAGGUGAACGCGGGACACGCCUCUUUUGUCAGCGGCGUGCCCGAAGCGCGGGCAAGGAUCCGGAAGAAGUUGGGGGACGCGUCCAACGAGCUCGGGAAGCUGAUGGCGCAGUGCGCUGGUGUCCUCGUACAGGCUCCGCUGCCGCCACCGCCGCCGCCGCCGCCGCAGCUAUCGCCGCCCUGCUCUGAGGCUCUCGACGCGAAAGAAGGAGGGGGAGGAGGACCCGCCGCCGCCUCCUCCUCCCGCCUGGCGCCGGCGGGGGCGGCCGCGAAGCAGCAACCACCGGUCCACCCGGGGCUGGGGUGUGCUGUCUGCGUCGCCUCCGCCGACGCGUGGUUCCGGCGCAGCCUGGCGCAGUUCAGAGCGAUCGGCGACGCGAGGAAUGUCGCUCUCCUGCUGUGCAACAUCGCCAGCGUGGAGAGGCUGAAGCCGCGCGCUCUGGCCCGACUCGGGGACGCGUGCCCGCGCCCAGCAGGGACGACGGGUCGGUUGGCGGUGCCGGGAGGGGCAUCGGGGAGCGGCGGCAGCGGCGGCAGCGGCGGAGGCGGUGGUCGGGGCAAGAGCGGCGGCCGCCCCGUCGCCGGGAAGGGCGGGGGCUCGGGACACCUUCAGGGUGCCGCCGCGGCCGUGGAGCUGUGCGGCGAGGCUCACUCUGCCUUGGGACGACGCGAUGAAGACGAGCGAACGUGGGACCAUGCCAGCGCAGAGCUGGCCAUGGCCUAUCUGUGCCUCGGGGUGGAGCGAAGGCACGAGCUGUUAGGGGCGCUACUGCCGGCGGGAGAAGCCACCGAGGGGGCGGCGGACACGGAGAGGCGGCCGUUGGCGACAGCGUCGCCGGGACCUUCUUCUGUCCCGACCGCCGCGCAAGCCAGGGGCGUGGUGGGGCCGCUGGAGCAAGCCCUCCGGAUCUACACGGACAUGAAGAACGCUCCGCAGGCGGCUGCGUGCCACUACCAGAUCGGGCAGUACUACGCCAAGAUCCUUCCAGUGUACGCCGCCGGAACAGACUCUGCAGCUUCGUGCGAGCCGACGACGACCAACGCUCCAGAAAUUAGCGACGGCGGCGGCGGGCCGUCGUCGGCCCUGCGGGUGGCCAAGGCGUGGGAGUCCGGGCAGCGGGCGGCGCGGCACUUCCUGGCCGCCCGUGCCUACUUCGCGCCUUUCGAGCACGGCCCUACCUCGGUCAUCCUCGCCCUAGACCUCUGCAACCUUUACCUCUUCCUCGCGGAGAUGGGAGGCGGCCCCGCUGCUGCUGCUGCUGCCGCCGCCACCGGCGGUAGCAGCGGGUCGGAACCUUUCUCUCACGAUGGCGGUAGCGGUGUAGACGCGGCCGCCGUCCCCAUCCCUUCCGUUGCGGGCGGUGACGCCGCCGAGGCGGGGGGGGCUCAUCGGCUCCGGCCUACCGCGGCCGCGCGGUUUCGUUGCCUGGAGGGGGCUCUCCGGUGCCUGCUGGACACGAGGGCCGUGUUCGCAGACGCCGGGGUUGAUAUAAAGAUGGCCGCCGGUGAGGCGGCAGGCCAACAGCAGCAGCAGCAGCGGCAGCAGGAGCGCCUGAGACGGCUGCUGGAGUCAGUGACGGUCUGUCUCCCGAAGGUGAUGCAGGCGCUCGUCCGUGCAUCGGUCGCCAUCGAAUCGUCGUCGUCGUCGCCUUCGCCACCUGCUGCUGCUGCUGCUACGGCCGCGUUCAAGUCCAUGUACAGGCGGAGUCUUACGGCCACGAGGGGCGGCGGGGAAGGCGCGCAGGCGAUGCUCGCCGGGUUGGCCGUAGAGUACGGGGCGGUGGUGACAAGCUAGGAAGGCGGUGUUUCUGGUACAACAGCGGAUCUGAGGAUUUGACUCAAGCCCUCGGUCGGACAGUUCGACGACAGCGCGUUAUUUGACUCAAGCUCAGUAGGGUAACUUUUGAUGACAGCGUGUUUGUGUUCCACGUAGUAGGUGCCCGUAGGGGGGGG